AUGUGCGGAAGCACGACGCAGCUUCAUGGACGCGACGCGGCUCCACGUGUGAGAGAAACAAUCGAGGAACCAUACAUCCGAAGAGCGACGUCCACCUUUUAUGCGACCACCAAGCCGAAGAACUCAGAGGAAGCUACGAGAGAUCGGUGGCUCUUGGAGGCGAGAGCAAAGGCACCACGGUCAAAUCUGGAGACCUGCGACAGGAUGGUCAAAGCCACCGCGUCUGGCAACGACCAUAUCCCAGACGACGACGUAGACACCUUCCUCCGCGUCUGGCAACGACCAUAUCCGAGUCAAAUGGAUCAAACCCUCUAA